AGCCAUUCCAGCAUCGUCAGUCAGUGACAGUAUUACGCAAAGUGCGGAGCCGCAGAACACGGACGUUAUCCAGGCGCAGACAAGCCCACCAGAUAAUGCAGUGCCUAGUAUGGGCAGAGGAGGAACAAUAGCAUUCGGGACAAUUGGGGCAGCGGUCAUUGUAGCAGCCGUAGUCGGAUUCAUAUGGUGGUUUCGGCGACGUCGAAACCGUGAAAGCAGAGCCGUCUCCGGAUUUACGUCAUCAUCCGGCUUCAAGAAGAUGGAAGAAGCCAGACGUCCGGUGACAGCAGAUUAUGGGUCAUCAAGAGAUUCGCAGUCAAGGAUAAUGGAUAAUCUCAUGACAGCCGCGUAUGCCGCCGAAGAUGGCAACGCCUCGCAAUAUGGUGCGUAUGGGAACGAGAAACGGCAAUCCGCCACAUCUGCGGAUAUUCUAGAUCCGAGGCGGGCCAGGUCGACGAGACAAUCAAGUACUCCAAGCGCACAAACUCCUGAUGUCGGUAGAAACUCACUUUACGUGAACCAACUCCUUUCGGGAUUUUACAAGGGCCAGAGAGCAGAUGGGCUUACCGCUCCUCCUAACGCGAGAAUGCCACCACCAGCAGCUCCGUCGGUAGCUGGACAAACUGAGGUGACGACUUCGAGUGAAAGCACAUGGAGGACAUGGGGUUGGUCGCAACCGAAACAACAACAACAACCACAGCAUAAAGAAGGUUGGGUUGAUAAGUGCGUUCGCCUUGGAGGAUUGAAAUGAAUUGAGUCCGUUUGAACAAGUUCGUAGAGCAGAUUUGGAUUCUUGACCGAGUGUGACAUUUGUUGAGACGAACUAUUGUGAGAUGCGCGUACACAUUCAGUCAUUACCUACAGCUUAUGAUACCUAUACCAUUACUUUUGAGAGCGCAGCAAAUAGAUCGGAUAUCCAUUAUACGUAUCGUAUUCGGUGUCAGCAGUGUGAGUUGUGAUUACGUAUAUAAUCCAUAGCUGACUUGUUGGUGAUGGUUAAUGUAAGAUUGAGAGGAGGAAAGCGGGAGGCGGCAGUC